AUGAGAAUUCUUUUCGUGAGUAUCUUUGUAGUCGCGGCGCUGUCGAAAGCAAACGCUUUUACGGCCGUAUCACGUUCGCAAACACUCGCGUCACUUGCACAGGGCGGCGUACUUGCAGAUUGUCGAGCCACGUCGAUUAGACCGCUGCGCAUGGCCGAUGAGAAGGACGAAGAGUUUUGGAGGCAGCAAAAAGUACUCAUACGAGAGAUGUCGGGAGCGACCGAACGAGCAAUUCGGGCGGAGCAAAAGCAAAAAUUUGCUAUACGACGGAAUGCGUUGGUCAGCGAUACAGCUUUUAUUGGAUUUUUCAUCUUUUGCAGCCUCUGGUCGGUCUUCGACAAUCCGUUUGUCGCCUUUUCUUACGCGUUUGGUGCGUCUUUGGGGCUGGCGUACGCCUACGGACUCGGAAAAUAUGUAGAGAGCAUCGGUGUGGUCUCUUUCGAUGCUCCGGAACCUGGUGAUGGCGUCGGGCAAGCUCGUCUCGCAUUCCUAUUCAUUUUAUUCAUCAUUGUCGGAAAGUUCCGAGCGCAAGGCCUGUUAGAGCUGCCAGCCAGUAAGUGA